AAUCUUCAUCUAAACAUCUCGAACAAAAAUUUAGUCAAACACUAGGGACAAAUGAGAGAGUCGAAAUAAAAUUCACUAUCUCUCUCAGUUGUCACAAAGAGGUAAAUUUAUAUAGGUUAAGAGAAACAAUUAUGUUGUUGAAAAUAGCUGCUACCAAGUAUCGAUCUCCUCUGUGGUUUGUCUCCAACGGUGCGAUCCCGGAAGACGGAGUAACUAUAUUCCGCGUUCCCCAAAUUUGAUGAACCCUGAGGCACGAAUGACAUUGCGACCACGAUUUCCAUACCAAUAGCUUCGUUCUCAUACCAGCUCCAAAGAUUCCUUCUCGAACACCGUACACCGCACACCCAACUCCCACCGAAACACCUUUGCCAAUCGGCCCCAACCUAUCAUCAUGGCGCCCAAUAUGUCUCUUUUCUCCGUCAAUGCCAUCAUAAUCCUCAAUGCCGAAGAUGGCUCCCGAGUAUUCACCAAAUACUACGCACCACCCCACCACAACUCUUCUUCUCCAGCACCACCAUAUCCCGAUCAAAAAUCUCAAAAAGCAUUCGAGAAAGGUCUCCUCGAGAAGACGCAAAAGCAAAACGCAGAUAUUAUCCUCUACGACAAUCGCAUUGUGUUAUAUAAGAGCGAGAGCGACGUUAUGAUGUAUGUAGUUGGAGGAGUGGACGAGAAUGAGAUUAUGCUUUAUAAUGUUAUUUUGGCUUUGAGGGAUUCUUUGCAUCUGCUAUUCAAACAAUCCGUAGACAAACGGACUAUAAUCGAAAACUACGACCUCCUUUCCCUGGCAGUUGACGAGAUGGUUGAUGAUGGUAUUAUUCUCGAAACAGACCCCACGAUUAUCGUCCAAAGAGUUAGCAAGGCGCCUACGCAAGAUGUAGCACAAUUGAAGGGUAUCGAUUUGAGCGAGCAAGGCAUGAACAAUUUGGCACAAUUCGGAAAGGCCAAACUAGGGGAUUGGUUGAGGCAGGGUCUGUGAAGGGCAUGAAGAACGAAGAUCGUGUCAUUGUGGAUGGGCAACAUUAUAUUUGCUUGGGAGCCAUAAAAGGAGUUUAGAUUGUACU